GGAAAACUCUGUACUGUUCUAAAGUGUGAAAUGUUGAUGGGAAUUUCAGAGCCUGCCAGCUACUUAUCAUCUAUCACCAAGUAGUGUAACAAUUUCAAGCCAACAGUAAUUUGAAGCGUUGGCGUUGGUUGUAGCUUGUUAACUUUAGUGCAUUUCUAACGAUCGGAAUCUACUGUAUUGACGUUAGAUCGUACGAACAGGAAAAACAUGUCGGCUACAUUUAAUAUGAUAUCGUGGACUGUACUACAUUUAUUCAUAUCGUUUAACAGAUCUGUAAUUACAAUGGACAAACAAAUGGAGGAACCAGUCUGUACAUCUAGAUUCGACUACGAAUAUAAAAUGUUACAUAAAAUGGUGAUGCUGGAAAUAGAACAAAACAAAAUAAAGGACUUAAUGGCAGAAAUGAACAAGCUACCAAACAUACUGAAAGAAGAGAGCCUUCAAAAUCGAGCAACAGUUGACCGUGUAGAAAAAAGGCUGAAAGAGAUAGAUGCAAAAAAGUCGUUCGGUGGGACAGGAAACACAUACGUCCGCUGGGGAAGAACAGAAUGUCCCGGAAAUGGGACAGAAAUGGUGUACAAGGGGUAUGCAGGUGGUGGACGUUAUAAUAAACAAGGUGCCGCAAGCAAUUAUUUAUGUUUACCUGAGGAACCAGUGUGGGGUGUGUAUGAAGAUUCAGAGCAGACAGCUGGGACGGUCUAUGGAGCUGAGUAUGAACUCUACAAUAGAAAUAUGGAUAAGUUCUUUGGAAAGGCCUUGCUCAACAAAGAUGUACCAUGCUGUGUGUGUAGGACAAAGCGACCCAGUGUUAUAAUGUUACCAGGUCGAAACAUCUGUUAUGAUGGUUGGACACUGGAAUAUAGCGGAUAUCUCACCAGCGGACAUGAGACUCAUCAUGCAACCGAAUUUGUUUGUUUAGAUGGUGAUCCAGAGUUUCUUAGUGGAGGAGCAUCUGAUGCCGAUGGAAAGCUAUUCUAUUUUGUCGAGGCACGCUGUGGGUCAUUGCGAUGUCCACCUUACGUGAAUGGACGUGAGCUUACAUGUGCUGUGUGCUCAAAAUAACCGUUUAAGAAAGGUUCCAGACAUUUCAAAGAGAUUCAACAGUGCAUUUUUGUUCUCGUGUUUAAUUCUGUUUUAUUACUAGGCUGUUUUUAAGGUCUAUUAUAAACCAUAACUUUUCUAAAACAUUGAUUUAAGAGGAUAUAACAACAAAUCAAGUUUAAAAACUAUAUUUAACUUAGUCACUCACCAGGCCAUUAUUAUGUCAUAACAGACUGCAUCUUAAAACGUAACAUUUGUUAGUCGUUUAAAGGAUAUUUUAGCUGUGGUAAAAAGGGGUUGAGCAAUAGAAAAAGUUGACAAAUAAGGAAGUAGCUCCCCAAAUUUACUGAAAAUACACAGAAGUUAUAUACAGGGUUUUCUAUUUUAGUCAUUCUCGCAUACCAGAGGUCUACCGUGGUUCCCCGGAUGAACCUCUUGCACAUUUCGCCGAUAUUUGUGGUUUAGUUACAUUACAGGUAAAACGUUUCAGCCAAUCAGCGUCGUUUCGCGACAAAAUGUAGCGAACCAAUCAAAAUCGUCCGUGAAAAGCGUGACCGCGUCCUUUCAUAUCGAUGCCGCCUUACGAGGAAUAUUAUUAUUUCUUCAGGUAAAUUUCUUUAACAGAAAUAAAUCUUUAUUAAUUGCAAUCAUGGAAUAUCGCCUUUAUCCAUCGUUAGCAACUACCUUGCUUACAUAUUGUUUGAAAUUUCAAUUCGGCGUGCCAAAAUAGUGGCGAAACAUUGAUUGGCUGAAACUUCUCCCGGUAGUAAUUAGAGUGCGCAUGCUCAUCAAAUAAACGACAGAAAUAAAUCAGAGGUUCGUCUCGGGAUUUUGACGAACAUCUGAUGGAUGAGAAUGUAUGAAAGGACGCGGUCACGCUUUUCACGGACGAUUUUAAUUGGUUCGCUACAUUUUGUCGCGAAACGACGCUGAUUGGCUGAAACGUUUUACCUG